GAAGCUACUGGAGGAGGUAUGUAACCAACCUCUGUCCUUCCACUUCGCUCAGUUCGCUUCAGAGCAUGGCGAGAAGGAUGCGAAAUAGCAGAGCGUCCAACGAAAGCGAAAGAGUUUCCGGGGCAUGGCUAGAGCCAUUUGCUCAGAAAGUCUGCCCAGACUUCGCUCAAGCACCUCCUUUUAAACAAAGUGCACCUGGUUGUGAUUCCUCAAUGGAUUCACCCUUCACAAUGGUCGAGCUUUCGCUUGCACUGUACUCCAGCAAUAAUUCCUCGCCAGGAAUGGAUCGUAUCAGGAACAAGUUGCUCCAUAACCUCCCGGACCUGGCGAAGAAGCGGCUGUUGAGGCUUUUCAACAUCAUGUUGGAGCUUAACACCGUCCCGUUGGAAUGGAGGGAGGUGAAGGUUAUCGCCCUGUUGAAACCUGGCAAACCAGCAUCAGAGUACGACUCGUAUCGACCGAUCUCGAUGUUAUCGUGUCUGCGAAAACUAUUUGAGAAAAUGAUUCUUUUUAGAUUGGACAACUGGCUCGAAUCCAACGGCCUUUUGUCUAGUACCCAAUUUGGAUUUCGCAAAGGUAAGGGUACCAACGAUUGCUUGGCGCUGCUUGUAUCCGAAAUAGAGCUGGCUCAUUCUCGAAAGGAAAUGAUGGCCUCUCUAUUUCUUGACAUCAAGGGGGCUUUUGACUCAGUAUCAGUACAUGUGCUGUGUCAAAAGUUAGAAACCGCGGGCUUAAGCCCAAGAUUAAAUAACAUCGUUUUUAACCUCCUUUCUGAAAAGGCGAUGAAUUUCGACAACGGCCAUCUGAAAAUUCGGAGGGUCAGUUUCUACGGACUACCACAAGGGUCGUGCUUGAGCCCCUUGUUGUACAAUUUUUAUGUCAACGACAUUGAUACCUGCCUGGCACCAGGAUGCAGCUUACGUCAAUUGGCGGACGACGGUGUUGUAUCAGUCGCCAGCAACAACAUCGCCGAUCUUCAAAGACCUUUGCAAACCACGCUGAACAACCUAGAAGUGUGGGCCAGAAACCUAGGAAUCGAGUUUUCACCCGAGAAAACGGAAAUGCUCAUUUUCUCGUUUUUUUAUGACACCGAGAGCAAUAGACGCAAAAAUUUGGUGAACCCUAAAUUUGAUAUAGUCCUGUAUAACAAAAAGAUAUCCAUUGCCAGAACUUUCCGAUACCUAGGCGUUUGGUUCGAUAGCAAGAAUGUGUGGAGGUCACAUAUUGACUAUCUUGUCAAAAAAUGCUCCAGAAGAAUCAAUUUUCUCAGAACGAUUACCGGAUUCUGGUGGGGUGCGCACCCAUCAGACAUCCUUAAGCUGUACAAGACAACGAUACUGUCCGUCUUGGAGUAUGGAUGCAUAUGCUUCCAUUGGGCAGCCAAGACGCAUCUGAUCCGUCUAGAACGCAUCCAGUAUCGUUGUCUGAGAAUCGCAUUGGGCUGUAUGAAAUCAACCCACACGAUGUCGCUCGAAGUGAUGUGUGGAGUGAUGCCGCUAGCUCUCCGUUUUGAGCUACUCUCGCUUCGCCUUCUCGUACGCUCUACUGUCUCAAACCCAUUGAUAAUCGAGAACUUCAACACACUGCAUGAGAUAGGAUCUAAAUGCAAAAUCAUGAACACAUAUCAUGAUUUUGCCUCUUUACAGGUACACCCUAGCAGUCCAGAAAAUGUAAAUCGUGCCAGCUUGCCAGGGUCCUGCAGUUCCCGUUUUAUAGUAGAUACCUCUUUAAAAGAGGAUACAAAGUCUAUCUCCGAUAGUCUUCGCAGGACGACAAUUCCCAGCAUUUUUAUGGAAAAGUAUGGCCAUUUGAACCGAAACCAAUUUUACACAGACAGAUCCUCCUCAGAGCAGGGCAUCGGUUUUGGCGUAUAUAACAUCGAUUCCGAAGCAUUUUUUCAACUACGCCGACCAUGCUCAAUCUACAUAGCGGAGCUCGCCGCAAUCUUUUACGCCUUAUUGAUCAUAAGUGUUUGUCCUCCAGACGAAUAUUUCAUCUUCUCCGACAGCUUAAGCGCUGUCGAAGCACUAAAGUCUGUGAAGGCAAUUAAGAGCCCUGACUAUUUUGUGAAAGAAAUUUUAAAGGUCUUAAGCUCCUUGUUUGAAAAAUCUUUCCGAAUAUCUCUUGUUUGGUUGCCCGCUCAUUGCGGUAUUCUAGGCAAUGAAAAGGCAGAUCAAUUGGCCAAAAAGGGCGCUUCGGAAGGGUCUCUUUUUGAUAGGCCUAUCCUACCUCACGAGCACAUGCGUGCCCCACAAUCUCUCUGCAUGGCUCGGUGGCAGAGUAUGUGGGACACAGAUGAGCUUGGGAGGUUUUUAUAUUCGAUCACUCCCCAAGUUAGCUUGAAGCCCUGGUUCCAAGGCAUCUCAGGAGAUCGUGCGUUCAUUCGAAUGAUGUCUAGGCUUAGGUCUAACCAUUUCGCAUUGGGUGCGCAUCUCCAGCGUAUAGGACGGGCCGACUCCAAAACAUGUGGCUGCGGCCUCGGAUACCAUGACAUAGAUCAUAUUCUAUGGUCUUGUCUGGAGUACGAGGCAGCACGACCCUCCCUAUUGGACGCAGUUCGGGACAUCGGCAGAACGCCCAAUGUUCCAAUUCGAGAUCUGCUGGGUGGCGGGGAUGAUGCCUACCUGAGGGCUAUUUUUGAGUUCUGCCGAGCGAAUGAGGGGCUUGGUAUGGCAUAGACGGAAUAUCCAGGAUGAUCCAGGACCAAAACUACACCGUUGCAAUGGCGUGUUGCAACGGUCAAAGAAAGCAGACAAGCCAGAGGGAUGGAAGAACGCUGGAUCUCGACACGCAGAAAACUGACGAUGGCAUAUCCCAAAAAA